GCCUUCCCGAGCCCCCUCAUGUACACGCUCGAUGGAGUCGCUAGCGGCAGGGCAGGCUGCCAUCCUGGCGCCCUCGCCGGCGGCCCCCUCGGCAAGGCCCUCGACGCCGCUCCGGCGCGGGGCCCGUCGGUGCGGCAGGGGCCCCACCGGGCGCUCACCGCUCCGGGCGAUUGGCAGACAGGCCGAGUGGCCGAGAUGGGCACCAGCCACCGGAUGGCCAAGGUGGACGAUUGGGCGAGGUGGCCAGAUGGCCGAGGUGGCCGGACGGCCGAGGCGGGAGCCACCGCGCCCGGCGUCUGGAAGACCGGGCGGGCGGCCGAGGCGGGAGGCGCGCCAGGCGUCUGGGCGGCGGGCCCGGCGGCCGAGGCGCACCCCCGGCGCCAGGGGCGGCCGGUCGGGAGCGCCGCCCCGCGGGCGGGGCCGGGCAGGGCGGGGCGGCAGGCGUUCCGGGCUCCCCCGGGCCUGUCGCGCCCGGCCGCGCCCUGCGGCCCCCCCGCGCCGACGCUCGCGGAGGCCGCCGCCUCGGAGGGCGCCGGCGGCGCGGCCGGGGCAGAGAGGAGCGCAGGGGCCAGAGUCCAGAGGGGGCCGGCCACGAGGCCCGCCGAGAUCAUCUGGUGCGCCGAGAGCACGGGGGAGUGGGCCAGCGAGCUGCGGAAGCACGCCGCCGGCAUCGGGCUGCAGGGAGAGCUCAUGGCAAGGGGUGGGCUCAGCAGCAGCAUCCUGUCCGUGCCCAAGUUCACGCGGUGGAUGUUCAACCAGAUGCGCGGCCCGGAGGUGGUCCCGUGGGUCACUCUGGUGGUCGGUUGGCGCGAGGCGAAGCCCUGCGUCGACGCCGUUGAGGCGGCCGCGACUGGAAGGGACAGCCGCCUGCGGCAGGACUCCUCGCGGAUGCUGCGGGCGGCGACCGGGGACACGGCUGGCGCCGCUCGUGUCCAGGUCGCGGUCUCCACAGUGAUCAUUGCGGCGCACGACGCCCGGCAGAAGGCGAGAGCGGACAGGCUCGUCGCAGCCCGCAGCGGCGCGGGCGCGGCGCCGAAGUCGGACCCGAAGAUCCUCGUGGCGCUCGGCGCCGACGAGCUCCGGGCUCUGCUUGCGGCCGCCGUGAGGCCCGCGGCGGGCGACGGGCCCGCCGAGGCCUCGCUGGCCAGG